AAAUUUGAAGAAGAAUUAUAUUGAAUUUAAAAAUUACCUCAAAAAAAUUAUGACAAGGAAAAUCAAGUUAGCUUCAGUUACAAACAAAGAACUCGAUCUUUACCCAUUCGAUUAAUUCCGUUCGGCCGUGAAACGGAGUAAUUGCCAAAACGUUAAUACAGGAUAGGCCAGCGCAAAAGUUUACGCUUCAAUGCUGUCAGGGAAAAACGCCUAAACGGCAUCAAUAGACACCGUGUUAGGGCACUGCAUAGAGCACAGAUCAUAGCAGCUAAAUUACUAAUAAGAGCUGAGACUCGCAGAAAACCCUAUAGGGUGACGAGAGAAGGCAUCUCGCAUCUCUGUAACUCUGUUACUCGAACAUGAUGGCAACGGUGAAAUUUCGGUUUUCGCAAAAUGUCCCUAUGUUCCCUUCCCAUUCACAACUCGGCCAUGUCCACUACCACCGCCGAUUCUUCUCUUGGUACGCCAAGCAGUUCCAAACGACGUCGCAAGCUCGCGCUUCCGUCAGUGGCGGAAGUAGUAACUCUCAAGGUAACGCUUUUCUGGUGCCUGGUGCGACAGUAGCUACUCUACUUAUGCUUGGAGUUCUUCAUGCUCGACGGCUCUACGAUGACAAGAAGGUUGAAGAAGCACGGGAGAAAGGGAUCGAGUUUGAGUUCCGACCAGAUGUGAAGGCUACAUUUCUGAGGAUGCUACCUUUGCGAUCUAUUUCUAGAGUUUGGGGUUUCUUGACAAAUUUGGAAGUUCCUGUUUGGCUGCGUCCACAUGUUUAUAGAGCAUGGGCUCGUGCUUACCACUCAAAUCUAGAAGAAGCAGCUCUGCCUCUUGAAGAAUAUGCAUCUUUAAGGGAUUUCUUUGUUCGCACAUUGAGAGAAGGUUGCAGGCCUAUUGACCCUGAUCCCUAUAGUCUGGUUAGUCCUGUGGAUGGUACUAUUCUUAGAUUUGGGGAGUUGGAGGAUGCAGGGGCUAUGAUUGAGCAAGUUAAAGGAUUUUCCUAUUCUGUUACAUCUCUUCUUGGUUCUCACUCUUUGCUCUCGAUGAUAGCUGAGAAAAAUACACAACAUAAGAGCAGUAAUAUUGAGCAGGAAAGCACUCAGAGAGAAAAGAGUAAGAAGUCAUGGUGGUGGAUUUCAUUGGCUUCUCCUAAAGUCCGGGAAACAGUUUCCGAGUGUCCAAUGAAAGGCCUCUAUUACUGUGUAAUAUACUUGAAGCCAGGGGACUAUCAUCGCAUACACUCACCAGUUGAUUGGAAUGUUCUUGUUCGACGGCAUUUUUCUGGCCGCUUGUUUCCUUUGAAUGAACGUGCUACCAGAACAAUCAGGAGUCUUUAUGUUGAGAAUGAAAGGGUUGUCCUUGAAGGUCUAUGGCAACAAGGAUUCAUGGCAAUUGCAGCAAUUGGUGCGACAAAUAUUGGAUCAAUUGAGCUUUUCAUAGAACCAGAACUUCGAACAAACAGGCCAAGAAAAAAGUUAUUACCCACAGAGCCUCCAGAAGAUCGUGUAUAUGAACCUGAAGGGGUUGGAGUGAUGCUUAAAAAAGGAGAUGGGUUGGCUGCUUUCAACAUGGGAUCGACAGUUGUGCUUGUCUUCCAGGCCCCCACGUCAAAAUCACCAAAGAAUACUGAUGCUUCAAAGUUUAGGUUUUCUAUUAGACGUGGAGACAGAAUUCGUGUUGGACAAGCACUGGGAAGAUGGCAUGAUUCAUGAGAGUGUUACAAAUGCGUUAGUUAUGCGAACUAGGAGAUGGAAUGCUAUCGUUGUCAUUGUAGCAGCACUGAAAAGGUGGUAUGAUUAGUUCCAAAUAUGUGACAUUGCUGGUGGUUUAUUUUUCUGUUAGUUCAUGCGCUAAUUCUAUUAUUGAGGAGCCAUGGGCAAUUUUCACUUCAAGAAUUAAAUAUUCAUGGGACCAACAGUGUAUGAAGGAUGCUAUGCUUUGCAUAUUUCGUUCAGAUAUGCUGAUUGUAAAUGAUGUAUGCAAUAUGUUGCAACCACACCAUGCUAUUCUAAUUUCAAUGCGAUAAUCUACAAAAUUAACUUAAGAUGAA